GCCAGUUUAAGUCCCGCCCCUCCGCACAUGGCACCUUCUGCUUGCAGGAAGAAAGAGGGAAGAAAGUGGACGCCGCUGGGCAUCAGGUAGAGGUGGUUGCCCGACCUGUUGUUGGAUGAGCCAUUGCUGUGACUACCAGUAACCACUUGUAUGUGGAAUGUCUCCUGACCUGCCGCUGCUCAGUACUGCCGGACGCUGCCCCUGCUGAUAGUGGCUGCAAUGGCGUCUGAGAUCCUGAUUCAGAAUGAUUUGCUGUGUUGCACCUCUGCAAACAACAUGCAGCAGACAGCAAUGAGUUCAGGAAGCGGAAGACGUCCAACUUCAAAAUACACCAAAGUUGGAGAACGUCUGCGUCAUGUCAUCCCAGGCCACAUGCAGUGUUCGAUGACUUGUGGAGGCCGUGCAUGUAAAUAUGAAAAUCCCACACGGUGGAGUGAUGAGGAACAAGCUAUUAAGGGACUGUACUCCUCCUGGAUCACCGACAAUAUACUAGCAAUGGCGAGACCAUCCACGGAAAUCUUAGAAAAGUAUAACAUCAUUAAGCAGUUCCAGAGCUGCGGUAUAAAAACAGUAAUUAACCUGCAGCGCCCCGGGGAGCACGCGAGCUGUGGGAAUCCUUUAGAGCAAGAAAGUGGGUUCACUUAUCUUCCAGAGGUCUUUAUGGAAGGCUGAAAUCUAUUUUUAUAACUUUGGAUGGAAAGAUUAUGGUGUCGCCUCCCUGACAACCAUUCUCGACAUGGUCAAGGUUAUGUCUUUUGCCUUACAAGAAGGAAAAGUAGCUAUUCACUGCCAUGCUGGGCUUGGGCGGACAGGUGUGUUAAUUGCGUGUUAUCUAAUAUAUGCCACUAGGAUGACGGCAGAUCAGGCGAUUCUUUUCGUACGUGCAAAGCGACACAACGCGAUUCAGACCCGAGUCCAGCUCUUAUGCGUCCGAGAAUUCACUCAGUUUUUAAUUCCACUGCAUAAUGUAUUUUCCUGCUGUGACCCCAAAGCCCACGCGGUCACUUUAUCCCAGUACUUAAUUCGACAGCAGCACUUACUCCAUGGGUAUGAAGCGCGACAUCUGAAAUAUGUGCCAAAAAUUAUUCACCUAAUAUGUAAGGUAUUGAUAGACUUGGUCGAAAACAGGCUGGUGGUAGAGGAGCAGAUACUAGAUGUUCCAGAUCUCUCUGCCGAAAUCGAGAAGACAGUGUCCCAGCUCUCCACAGAGCAACUCGAUAAAGUAUUAGGCUGUGACAUUGGGACAGUGGAUUCCCUGACUCAUUCAGUCACCACUGCAGUUUGUUACGGGGUUCAGGACUCGGUAUUGUCCAGUGAACAGGAGUUCGACCCUUUGUGGAAAAGGAGGAACGUAGAAUGUCUCCAGCCUUUGUCUCAUCUAAAGAAACGUUUGAGUUACAGUGACUCCGACCUGAAUAAGGCAGAAAUCCUUCUUGAACAAGGUGAGACUCCCUGGACAGAACCUUCACACUUAACUUUCUUAAGCAAGUUAAAUGAACAGUUGAGAUCAAUUGUGUCAGGAAAUGAGGAUGCUCAUCCUUUACCCACGCCAAAUUUGAAGAAAGAUGCGUCCACUGCAUUCUCCUUCUGGAGUCAAAGUAAAGUUAGUAGCAUUGAUGUUCCUCGCGAUUGCUCCCCUCUGUUCUACAGGCCGAGAUUUCUCAGGGAAAUACAGAGAAGCCGCACUUUUUCCUUAGGAUUUUCUUCACCGUUAAAUGGCCAAACAGGAUUGACGGACUCACAAUUCUCAGCGCCAAGCAUAACGCCUCAGGACACUCCAGACUGCAGUUGUGUCACCGGAAUCAGCAAAGUCCUGGACGAUGAGAGUUCCUUGGUUGAUGAUAAUAGUGAGGUGUCCUCUCCAAAGGUGACAUUUUAUCUUGGAUGUAACGAGACCCCAGAAGUCAUCCCACAGAUUGUCCUCCAAUCUGAGUUAAACCUGGAGGCCAGAAGAUUGCUGACUGCUAAUGCCCUUGCCAAUCUGGAGUGUGAUAGUGUGGAAGAGAUAUCCAGAAAAGUCACCAUGUGGCAGAAAGAGCUAAAUGCUAGAGAAGCCGCCUGGGAUCGGAUCUGCGCAGAGAGAAACCCUUUUGUCCUAACCAAUUUAAUGUGGUCAUGGCUUGAACAGCUGAAAGAACCGGUGAUCACCAAGGCGGGUGUGCAUUUAUUAGCAAGUUAUGGCAGCCACCCAGACAGCGCCCUCUACUUGCUGGAAAAGGGGCAACAUCAAACCAUCUUGUGCAUUCUGCAGUGUGUGAGUAACCUGCGGCCUCUCCCCUCCGAGAUAGAGGAUGCAAUACUGACACGAAUGAUCGCAGCCUUCACUAUGAUUGAACCACAUUCAGAAGACAGUUCUCUGGUUUAUAAUACCCUGAAACCAAUCUUUCUACAUGCUUUGACGGACAUCCGAAAAUAAGGACUCCAGGGCAGCUCUCGGUACACAAGCUUGGCCUUGUAACAUGGAAGCUUGUGUGCACUUUUUAGGUGUCAUGUGUGUUUCCUGUGAGGUUUGUGUUUACAUGUCGGCUACAUAAAGGGCUCAGACUACAGAGAAUGUAGGAAAUCUAGGUGACUUCAUGUUCUCUAAGCUAUUUUAUCUUUUGGUAUUUGUUUCUACGAAGUACAGUUCACUGUGUUUUGCAGCACCUUUAUACGUCUCUGGGCCAGUUUACUAUUUGUAACUAGUUGUAUGGAAUGUAUCUGUUGUAUUUAUUACUAUUAUCGGGCAUACUGCUAGCAGAACGUGCCCAGGGAAUGCACUGUGAACAUUUUAUGUGAAUGAUUGGACUCAGCAGGUCAGACAAUAUUAAAAUAGACCUACUGUAGCCCAUGUAGAGCCAUACAUCUAUGGAGGUUUGGGAUGUAAUCCUGGUAGGGGAUGUCGAAAUAGACUAAAAAGCCCCUGAGCUAUUCAUUGAGGGUGUCAAAAUCCAGUCCAUACUGUAUGCACAGAGUGCUCCAUCUCCCACAAGUAUCCAUAGAAUUUCUUCAAGUCUAAGGGUAAGUUCACACAACAUUUUGGGAGACGGUUUUGAGGCAGAUUUCCCUGCAAUUAUUCUUCAUCCAAAGCCGGAAGUGAAUCCAACAGGAAGGAGAAGUAGGAGAGUCCUAACUUUAU